CCGGUGCGGAUCCUGAGUCCGGUGUGAGCAAGCGGAUAGGAAGGCGGGCGGAGGCUGGGUACAGGGAAGGGGGCCGGGCCGGAGCAGCCGGCGCCCGGGCCCAUGGCAGGGCCGGUCUGACCCGACGCGUUAGCCCCACUUGGAAGGAAGAGGUGGCGGCACCGGCACUAUGUUACCCAGCCAGGCCGGGGCCGGGAACGGCGCUGCCGCCUUGGCCCGGAGUACGGUCAUGGGCAUGGCGCGGACCUCCUCCGGGCGGCCGGGUGCCGGGCUUCCCCGUGGGGCGAAUGGCAGCGGUGCUGCUGCAGGAGUCCGCGGGCCCGGCAACGGGACAGGCCCGCCUAGCGGGCAGGGGACGAUCGGUAGUCGCUUCGAGCGAGACCGGGAUGUAGGCGCGGCGGCGGCGGGCAGCGGCAGCGAAGGCGAUUCGGACUCGGCCGAAGAUGAGGAGUUGGUGGGCGAUCGCCGCGGCAUUAAGCGGACUUUAGGUGACAUGGAACUGGGGGUGGUGGGGGGGACGGAGGCGUUGACCGCGGCGGCAGCGGCCGGGGGUUACGGCGGAGUGAGCGGGGCCGUGAGUGGCGCCAAGCCUGGCAAGAAGACCCGCGGUCGCGUCAAGAUCAAGAUGGAAUUUAUCGACAACAAGCUGCGGCGCUACACCACGUUCAGCAAGAGGAAGACGGGCAUUAUGAAGAAGGCCUAUGAACUUUCCACCCUUACGGGUACUCAAGUUUUGCUACUUGUGGCCAGUGAGACAGGCCACGUCUACACUUUUGCCACGCGGAAGCUGCAGCCGAUGAUCACCAGUGAGACGGGGAAGGCGCUGAUCCAGACAUGCUUGAAUUCUCCUGACUCCCCUCCUCGGUCGGACCCAACCAGCGAUCAGCGCAUGAGUGCUACAGGCUUUGAGGAAACGGACCUUACGUAUCAGGUGUCUGAGUCAGACAGCAGUGGAGAAACAAAGGACUCACUGAAGCCAGCAUUCACUGUCACCAACCUCCCAGGGACGACAUCCACCAUCCAGACAGCACCCACGACAUCCACAUCCAUGCAGGCCGGCAGUGGGCCCUCGUUCCCCAUUACUAACUACUUAGCACCAGUCUCCGCCAGCGUCAGCCCCAAUGCAGUCACCAGUGCCAACGGGACAGUGCUGAAAACCACUGGAACCAGCUCAGUGGCCUCUGGAGGACUAAUGCAGAUACCUACCGGCUUUACCCUCAUGUCAGGUGGUGCAGUGGCUCAACAGGUUCCUGUGCAAGCCAUCCAGGUGCACCAGGCCCCCCAGCAGACGUCUCCCACAAGCGACAGCAGCACUGACCUCGCACAGACUUCUUCCAGUGGGACAGUGACCCUGCCGGCUACGAUCAUGACUUCAUCUGUGCCAACCACUGUGGGAGGCCACAUGAUGUACCCCAGUUCUCAUGCAGUGAUGUAUGCUCCUACAUCGGGCCUCACGGAUGGUGGGCUUGCGGUUCUCAAUGCCUUCUCCCAGGCCUCAUCAGCAAUGCAGGUUUCACAUGGGCAGGUCCAGGAUCAGGGUGGAGUCCCUCAGGUAUUCCUGACAGCUCCGUCAGGAACGGUUCAGAUCCCAGUCUCAGCUGUUCAGCUUCACCAGAUGGCUGUUAUUGGCCCGCAGUCCAGCAGCACUGCCAACUUGACAGAGCUGCAGGUGGUCAACUUGGAGACACCACAUAGUUCGAAGAGUGACUGAGCAACUCUGGGAGGGACCUGGGGAGGGGAAGAAGUGUGUACCCAGCACCCCAACAUGAAGCAGCCGCCGCCGCCACCACCACCUCCAGCUUUAUGCUGCAUCUGGCCCUGGAUCUAUGGCGCUCCUCAAGCUGCACGAGGAUCUCAGCAGUCCCUAUUUUUGUAUGGACUCCAUCACUUAUUUAUUGUUGCCUUUUACACGUUUUCUUCUCACACUUUACACUGACACCCCCACACACAAACACACCCAUAGAAGUACAUAGAUGCAUAUUAAAAGUGGCUGCAAGGCCAGCAGCAGGAAGCUGAGCCUGGGCUGUAGGGGGACUUUGUUACAUUUGAACACUGCAUUUACUGUUCUUUUUCUUUGUUGUUUUGUUUUCCUCCUUGUUCCAGCCAAAGAAACUUUCUCUCAUAAGUGGGAGAAUUUGCUCUGCCAUGUAUGAAACCUUCCCCCUGUUUUCAUUGCCAGGGAGGGAGCUUUUUUCUCUCUCUGCCUUGCUGCCUCUGAUACAUAAGAAUGUCCAUGAAUGUCCCUAGUUUGCAACCUCUGGGCAGAGCAAUUGAGGCUGUGGGAAGAAGCUGCAGUCCAGACGAGCAUGAAGCUGUUCUGAAAAAGGUAGUCGCUUUUCAGUCAUAGGCCUGAUAUCUUUAAACACUCACACACAAUGCUGGGACAGUCACCUCUCUUUCCCCUCCCCCAUUCCAGUUCAGGUCACCUCUUGGCUGCAGCUUUGUGCCUUCAAGCAAUCCAUGAUGCAUUGUGGGUUGGCUUGCCUUUAUUCUUGGCUGGCAAAGAGAGGGUUCUUCCCGUUGGCAUUCCAACUGGGGCUAUGAGACAUUGGGCAAGAAGAGGGCAGGAAGCUGAGCAUCUUGGACUCCCUUUUAUCCUUAAAGCGUUCCUCCCUCAGAAUCUUUUUUUGUUGGAUAGGAACUGACUUGGAGCAGCUUCUUGCCCAUUUAGUCUGGCUGUACAUGGAUCUUACAGCCAAAAAGAAUUGUUUACCCUCUUUUCUUGAAACACACUCAGCAACUUAUAAGCCCAGUAGCAGACUUCGCUUUGUGUGAUGCUUGAGUUUUGCUGAUUUUUUCUUCCUGAGGAGGAAGAGCUACAGUCAUGUUAUUAUUAUUAUUUUAAUUUUGGAAGGUAUAAAGCAGCCUUCCCCAACUGGUGCUCCCCAAUAUGUUUUGGGUUCCAAACUCCACAUCCACUAGCUUUUGGCAAUGCUGGGAAUUGUCGACUAAAAGAUUGGAAAAGGACUAGGUUGAUGAAGGCUAGUGCUAAGGAAUGAAGUUGGAAACAAAUAAGGGUCUUUUAAGAAAAAAGUAUUUAAACUUGACUCAGCAGGCCUUCCCAAGGCAACUGCAUCCAUGGAUGAAACACCACCAGUCCAGAAUGCAAUAAUGUAAGAUAGCCUAUGACAUUUUUUGCUUCUCAGAUAGCCCUGGAAAUGAGAUGGUAUGUUGCUCCACCAUCAUGAAGCAUGUUUGGCCUGCACCUGUGAGACCUGGCCAUCUCAGAGUUCUUAGCCUGGGACUGGAGAGAUGGGAUGGGGCAAGCUUAACCAUAAAGCAUUCGUGAUAAAGGCUCUGCCCAUGUCUUUGUGAAGCCACUGCUGUGUCCAUGAUCUUUAGAGGAUUUUUUGUGACGCUUCAAACAGGAGGUUCUGGAAUGAACAAAUGUAACACAUUUAAAAGGGGAAGCUGCAAGACUGCUAGUCUGUAAUGGAGAAUGGGAGGAGAUGCAGGACAGAGAGGAAGGGCUGUGUUGUCGGAUCAUUUGCUUGCACACAAUCAUGCAUUUCAUUCAGCCCAGAGCAGGUCAGUGGUUCUUAUAACCCCCCCACCUCCCAAAGGGCCAGCUUUGGAUUAAGGAGGCUGCAGACUUUUAGAGAAAGAAAGCAGCUACUGUAACUCCUUUCUUUCUUUUUUUAAUUAAAAGACAAAAGAAGCCUUGAAAAAAAAAGACUUUAUUUUUCUAAGUGUUAAACUCAGUAUUUAUGUAAUUCUUAAAGGAAUUAAAGUCUGGCUCCUGUACAGUUUUCAUGGGGUUUGUAGUUUGGGGUGGGGGGAAAUGGGCCAUGGGGCAGGGAUGAAAAAAGGAGAAGAAAGGGGCCUUUUUAAUUUGUAUUGUAAUAUUCUGAAAUUGUUUCCAUGAACAUUAGCGUUUAAACUCGUCUCUGUCUCUACCACUUGAGUCACGCUUUGGUGGAAAGGUUGCACCAAUGGGGAGUGGAGGGCUUAUAACAAGUGUGCAAGAAGUACCGCCUGGGAGCCACAUGCAGCUGCAUCAGCAUUCCCUUUGUAGUGCCAGAGUCACACAGAAUAGGUGGAACCAAAAUUUUAGGCCCUUUGUCUGGCCUUGGGGCAAAAUGGAAGUCUUUAGCCCUGUGGAUGCUUGGGGAAUCCAUUUGCCAUCUUAAAACCUUGCACCCCAUCCUAAAACAGGCCAUGCACCUUCUACUUUGGGGUGCGGACAUCAAGCCAUACUGAAUUUGUGUGCUACUUUCCUUUUUCCUUUUGUUUGCAACUUCAGCUCAGAUGGCUACAUUAUGGAAAUGAAGCCCAAGCUCCCUCAUACCUGCCCUAUGUUUGAUUCAGAGAGAAAGUUAGUGUAACUUGUUUAAAACCUUCCCUGACAGGUUACUUUUUAGACUUUUUUUUAUUUGUUUUAAAUGUCAGAAAACAUUGAAAGGUGUUAUUUCCCCAACUAGUUGCAGUCUGAAAGGAUGUGGCCUAUACAGUUUUUGCUUAUCGCAACCAAUCUGAAUUUACUGGUUUCUCUCCGGCACUAACUUCAGUAAUGAGGUUUCCAAAAGUGGUGCAAAGUAUCUCCUUGUUUUAACCCUCAUUCCUUUUUAGGUAAAUACAGAUCUUUUUUUAUCUUAAGCUGGGGAUGAUCUAUGUUUAUCCACCAAGUCAUGAGAAUUUUACUCCCCCCCCCCUUCAUCUCUUCAUUAGAUCAGUGGCAUGAGAAAGACAGGCAGGCGUGGCAGGUAGAAAAUGACUCUCCUCUGCCUCCUGCCUCAGAAGAGGUACACUUUAUGGCAAAAAGUUUGCUUAGUUAGCUGUCUUCUCCCGUUGUCAGCAAUAAUGGGAAAAAAUUAUUUAUAUUCAGUGUUGCCUGUCCACUGAUGAAAACGUUUGUCAGCAGAAUAAAUCCUCAACAACCCUGUUUUCUCCCCAGUUCUGAUAUGGAGGAUUGAAGGAUUUGUCUCUCAAAUGGAACUUUACCUAUACAUUGGUAGCUGUUCUUCUGUAUGUAGAGUUUUUCCCCAAGAGGGCAUGUCUUCUUUAUCUUUAUCCCAAGCAACUUCUAUUAUUAAGAAGUUGCUUGGGAUAAAGGCACAUCUGCAAAACAGUAAUUCUCAAAUCAUGUUGCUAAUUCAAAAAUCCUCUGCUAAGAGAGACAAGCAGCUAAACUCAAGAACAGUAUCUAUUUUUCUGAUUUUGAUUCUGUACUAAUUUCCUGAUUGGGGAUUUGACACUUGAUACUCAUCCUUCACCUGAAGGAAGUUCUCCCUCCUAUAAAAAAGCACCUGCAGGUUAAACGCUAAUGUUGCAUGUGAUUAAAGUGUUGAAUUGUAAGAACACUUAUCAGGGAUGAAAUGGCAUUUAUUGUGUGGUGACAUUUUUAGUUCACUUUACAGAUUGUUUUUGGAUUUUUUGUGUGUACGUGUGUGUGUGCGUGUAUGUGUGUGUGUGUGUGAGUGGCUGUGUGUGUGGUUUGUUAAUUUCCAGGGUUGUGUUUCUGGAAGGGUGUGACAGUAAUCGCAGUACUAUGUACAGAGCUUUCUUUUGUAUUAAAGAAAUAAUCUUUCAAUAAAUGUAUCAUUUUGUGCACAAA